GCGUGAGUCCUUAUCUCUGAAACCACAAUGGAACCAAUGAAAAUCAUUGUUAAUCACAAGUUCUUUCAUAUUCCCAUCUCAGUCCCACUUCCAAACAGGCCUCUUAUUUUCUUUAUUUUUAUGUUUUUUUAAUUUCUUUCCCGGUUUAUAAUGUGCACGUGAAACCCCAAUAAUUCCUCAUGCAAUGGUGGGGUCCUAAAGCCAGCCCCUCCUCUUUUGUUCUCAUACCAAACUCCAACUCCCAAGAAUCUCCAAAAGCACGCACUCUCUCUCACAGGCGCACAAAAUCACAGUUGGUUUCUUCUUCUCCAUAUAUCUUUUUCUUUUUCUCUUCUUUGCAAUAUCCUUUUUCUCUCAUAGCUUUCUUCAUCAUCCUCAACAAUGGUGGAUGCAAAACCUGUUUUGUUGUUGGUUUUCUCCUUGUUUCUUCUUUGCCUCCUCAGUAUAACAAAUGGGGUUCAGUGUUUCUCGGAGAAGAAGGUGGUCCUUAGCCUCAAAGAAUUUCAAUGGAAGCAAAAUGGUGAAGCCCCAAGUUGCCUCUCCCAGAAAUCAAGAAGGUUAAAAGGUACAACCAUAUUAGAAAUGACUCAUAGAGAUUACUGUUCCGGGAAGAAGAUUAAAGACUGGAACAAGAAACUUCAAACACGAUUAAUUCUGGAUGAUGUACAUGUUCGGUCACUGCAAUCCCAAUUGAGGAACAGGGUUCAUUUAGCUGCUGAUGAAUCCAAAGUCGAAAUCCCAUUAACUUCCGGAGUUAAACUCCAAACUCUAAACUACAUUGUGACAGUGGAACUGGGUGGUAAGAACAUGUCGGUUAUUGUAGAUACUGGCAGUGAUUUGACAUGGAUUCAAUGCAAACCAUGCAGAUUAUGUUACAAUCAACAAGAGCCUCUAUUCAACCCCUCUUCUUCUCCUUCAUACCAAUCGGUUCCUUGUAAUUCUUCAAGCUGUCAAUCCCUGGGGUUUGCCACUGGUAAUUCUGGUGAUUGUGGUGGAAAUCCUCCGACCUGUAUCUAUGCUGUUAGCUAUGGGGAUGGCUCUUAUACUCGUGGUGAUCUUGGCCGAGAGACUCUCAAUCUUGGAGCUUCUUCACCUACGGUGAAGGAUUUUGUAUUUGGAUGUGGCAGGGAUAAUAAAGGUCUGUUUGGUGGAGCUUCAGGUUUAAUGGGUUUGGCCAAAAGUGACCUCUCGGUGGUUUCUCAAACUUCCUCUAUAUAUGGAGGAAUUUUCUCAUAUUGUUUGCCUUCAACUGAGACAGGGUCAUCUGGUUCUUUAGUCAUGGGUGGUGAUUCUUCAGCUUAUAAGAAUUUGACGCCAAUUUCUUACACUAAAUUGGUUUCAAACCCAGAACUACCAACUUUCUAUUUUCUCAAUCUAACUGGAAUUAGUGUUGGUGGGAUGGCUUUAGAAUCUUCAAGUAGUAGUGUUUCAGCAAAUAAAGGUGGAAUUUUGAUUGAUUCUGGGACUGUUAUUACAAGGCUAGCUCCAUCCAUUUACAAGGCUUUCAAGGCAGAGUUUGUGAAACAGUUCUCUGGGUAUCCUACAGCACCUGGGUUUUCAAUAUUGGACACGUGUUUCAAUCUCAGUGGAUACCAAGAAGUGAAUAUUCCUACAGUGACUAUGCACUUUGAUGGAAACGCUGAGCUAAAUGUUGAUGUAACUGGGAUUUUUUACAUGGUAAAAACUGAUGCUUCUCAAGUUUGUUUGGCUGUGGCAAGUCUUUCUUUUGAAAAUGAGUUUGGUAUUAUUGGGAAUUAUCAGCAGAAGAACCAAAGGGUUAUCUAUGAUAUUAAAGAUUCUAAGCUGGGAUUUGCAGGAGAACCUUGCAAUUUCGAAUAAUUAUAAGGUAUUGACAGGACAGGAAUAUAUAAUAUAGGAAUGUUCUGGUAAUUGGAAGCAAAAAUUAAGCCAAGCAAUCCAUUUGGCUACAAAUUGAAUAUUUUCAAGCAACAUUGUGUUCCCAGUUCAUAAAUCACAUAACAACGGUGAUUGUUUUAACAAUUGGGAGUGUUUAUUUUCUACUUUUUGUUUGUGUAAUAAAAUUACUUUCAUUUUCCUGCUGCCAA